CGUCGAGCGCCCCAGCAGCCGCCGCCCCGCCGCCGCCCGCCCAUGCGGCGCCUGUCUCGCUGCCAGGCCCGCGCUGCAUGCUAGAGAGAUGGCGGCCUUUGUCCGGGUGUCGGGCCCGCCCAACUCCAACUUCCUGGUCGGCUACCCAGGCAUCUCGGCCACGCUGCCGCGCAUCGAGGGCAAGGUCGAGGUGCGCCCGCUGCUGGGCGUCUCGGCCCCCGUCAACGUGUCGCUCGUCACCAUUGCCCUGCACCGCCGCGAGACCAUCCACCCGUCCGCCGACUCGGUCACCAAGAAGCACCUGGCCGCCCCGCGCAAGGACAUCACCGACCUGGUCGGCAAGGAGAUGCUGCUGUUCCGCUGCUCCGCCAGCCGCGAGCACGACAGCAUCCUGUGCAUGGACCUGCCCUUUGUCAUCUUCAUCCCCUACGGCCGCGGCGGCGAGGAGGUCGCGCGCCGCGUGCCGCCCGCCAGCCUGCAGCUGCCCUCGCGCACCGCCGAGACCUUCUACGAGCUCGUCGUCACCGUCCAGCAGGGCCACAGCGACCAGCGCAAGUACGCCUUCCCCGUGCCCAUCCAGCGCUACGACACCCUGUCGACCUUUGGCAUGUACAACCGCCCCGAGAGCGCCGAGCGCGUCACCGACCACCUCGUGACCCUGGGCAUCAGCCUGCCGCGCUGGAGCUACGGGCCGCUGGACCCCGUGUCCGUGUACAUCAAACUGAGCCCCAAUCCGGACUGGCUGAGCAAGGCGAAGAAGGUUACAAUCAAACAAAUCACCGUGGGGAUAGACGAGGAGAUCAUCUUCAACCACGAGGGCGACGAGCCGACGCGCAAAGUCAAGACAUUAGCAAAGACCACCCAGGCCGUGGGCGUCAAGAUGCCCGAGGCCGGCUACUUCACAAACCUGGGGCUGGUAUUCCCGGCCAAGGACCUGCGCGACAGCGACGGCAUUGUCCCGCGCGGCAAGAAGGAAUUCCCCAUGUACGCCGUCAACGGCUUCACGACGACCGGUACUCUGUAUAAGAUCGAGUACUACCUGACCGUCAAGGCCCAAAUGAGCUCCGCCCGCGACAUCCUCCUGCGCCAGCCCAUCGUCGUCUGCCCCUUCGACCACGCCGGCUGCAAGGAGGAAAUGGAAGCCAUCGAGCAGGCCGCCAAGGACGCCGCCCACGUCGCCCCCGACAACCCCAUGCUGCCCGCCAGCCACAUCGUGCGCGCCAACGACCCCAACGGCCUGGCCGCCCUCGGCAUCGCCAUCGUUGGCGGCGUCCGAAAACCCCUCAUCGAAUGAGCCGCGCCGCCCGCUUUGUGACAGCCCCCCACUGCCCCACCGCAGCACAGUCUGCCCGCGACUCCCCCCGCCGUCACCGCCAGCGACGCUCCUCCACC